AUGAGACUACACCUAGAGCAAGAUAACUUGAAUGUUGAAAUACAGACCUGCACAGCGAUACUAAGCAACCUGGAGGGCACUGCAGUGAAGAAGAGCGUGGAAACAGUGAAAAAUCAGAGUCACCCAAAACACAAUUUAGAGAGUGCGGCUGCGCAAAAUACUAGGAAUAGACAGGCAGAGAAUGACUUGCAGUACAAGGACGUGAUAAGUAUUGACUUGUUGGCGAAAUGUGUGAAGGCAGUAACCGAAGAGAAAGAUGCCCAGGCGUGCUGUAAUUUUAUUGAGCACAAACUAGAACUAGAAGAGUCGGCGAUACCACACAGACACAUGACCCCACACAAAUCGGAUGCAUGUAGAAAAGAAAUUGAAACUUUACUAGAGUAUGACAUGAUUGGAUCGUGGGCGUGUGGAGUAGUGAUGGCCAAAAAGAUAGGAGACCAAUUGAGAUUCUGUUGUGACUUUCGAUAUCUGAAUUCCGUCACGGUGAAGGAUGCUUAUCCCAUUCCGAGAAUAGAUGAAAGUUUUUAA